AUGCCCACUCAAAUAAAUCCCGUGUCGGCCAGCAUUCCCAUUCGCAUCAACACGACAGAGCAGCCUCCCUAUUUCCGCAAACAACACAAGCACUCGAGAUCAUCUUACUCCGAAUCUUCUCCUCUAGCUGGCUCCAGAAACAACUCUCUCACCUUUCGCCCCCCCAAGCGCUUCAUGUCUUCCCCAGACAAGACCAUCGCCGUUAUAAACGCCAGCGGCCGCCAAGCGGCUUCGCUAAUUCGCGUCGCAACCGCCGUCGGCUACCAUGUUCGGGCCCAACUACGCAAUAAGGAAGGCGUGAUUGCUACAGAAGUCGCGACGAAUCCGAACGUCACUUGCAUUGUUGGCGAGCUCUACACCAGACACCAACCCACAGAAGCCAACAAGGAUGUCACCCAAAACGGACCCCUCUCCGGUGUUGGUGUAAACCACGACCUCAUCAACAAUCUCUUCCGCGGCGUCCAGCUCGCCUUUAUCAACACGACAUUCUAUGGUGACGAGCUUGCUAUUGGCAAGGCUCUCGCUGACGCUGCAAAGAAGGCUGGUAUCCAACACUACAUUUACUCGUCCAUGCCCGAUCACGCCGCCUAUAACAAGAAUUGGCCCUCUCUACCCCUCUGGGCACCCAAGCACAAGGUUGAGGAAUAUGUCCGCCAGCUCGACCUUCCUGCGACCUUCGUCUACACUGGCAUCUACAAUAAUAAUUUCACUUCACUACCCUACCCGCUUUUCUGCACCGAAAUUCAAGACGACGGCUCAUUUGUAUGGCAAGCGCCCUUCCACGAAGAUGCGAAGCUACCUUGGCUCGAUGCUGAGCACGACGUUGGCCCCGCGAUCUUGCAGCUCUUCAAAGACGGCGUUUCCAAAUGGCGGAAUGAGCGCAUCGCCCUCUCUUACGAGUAUCUGACACCCAAGGAAGCUUGUGAGCUCUUUUCUCGCGGUGUUGGUCGCCCUGUUCGCUAUGUUCGCGGCCCUAUUGACCUCAAAGUUCGCAUUCCAGCAGGCUAUAGAGAGCAGCUGGAAGCUUUAGAGAAGCUCUUUAGUCCCGACGAAAAAGAUCCCAAGAAGCAGCCCCCCUACUUUGGCUGUGCCAGACUCGAGGCCAACUGCCCUGCCGAGGCUCUGGAGCUAUGGGAAGGCCCCCGUGGCCUUGAGGAAUAUGCUCGCGAGAUGUUUCCUCUUGAGGAAGAAGCAAACGGCCUAACAUGGAUGCUGGAAGAUGAUGAAACGGAUGGCGGUGACGAAAAGUUGCAGUACGCUACCGUAUCAGUUGAACAGCUGCGGCUGAAUGACGAAAACGAUGAUUUCGAUACCGACGACGAAGAAGAUGGCCUCGUGAUGCGAGGUUUGAAGCGAGACGAGGAGCAAUGGCUAGCGUAG